ACGAAGUAAAGCGAGGGAGAGAACCCCAAACAAUGAAGAAGAAGAAGAAGAAGAAGAAGAAGACGGAGAAGAAGAAGAAGAAGAGCUUGUCUUUCUCUCUUGUUGUCAUCUCCUUCUGGUCGUCGAAAAGGGGGAUCUUGGUUGUGAUUAUUGGAUCUUUUUUGGAUCUCUUGAUCCAAUAGGUUUUAGAUCCGGAGGCGUUUGGAUCUGAAUCGGUGGUUGGCGCUGGGAAAGCUGUUGUUUUUGGGUGUUCUUUUGAUUGAUGUACUGUUGGAGAUCGAGGUUUUUUUGGAGCUUAGGGUUUGUGUGGUUUUCCCUUUUUGAUGCAUAGGAUGGAGGUGAAUCGCUAGAUUUCAAUUUAAGGUUGUUUUCAUGUGAGAAUCGAAGAAAAGGAGUGAUUUUGAGGGGGAAAAAAGUGGAAAGUAGAGAUCUAGAGAGGCGAAUCGAAGGACAGUGAUUUUGAAGGGGAUUUAGGGUUUGUUUUGACGAGAGAAAUGGAGAGAGAGGUCGGGGCGCAGGUAGCUCCGCCCAUGUUCAUUCACCAGCCUCUCGCUGGCCGCUUCCACGAGCCCCCAGUCCCCAAAAAGCGAGAUUUGCCGUGGCAAAACCCUAGCUACCUUCACAACCAGUUGCCCCCCAGCGCUUUGAACCCGAACUCCAACUGGAACCCUAGGAUGUGGGAUUGGGAUAGCGUGAGCUUCUCCGCGAAACCUUCAGAAACCCUCUCUCUCGGAACCGCCAAUCCGCCCGCGAAGGUCGCCCCCGAACCGGAGAAGAAGAAGAAAGGGGAUGAUGGCUCCAAAGGCGUGAACGAGGUUGGGGAGAACCUCACUUUGAAGCUCGGAGGUGGGUCGUAUGCUGUGGAGGCGGCGCCGGUGGUGAGGCCGAGCAAGAGGGUGCGUUCUGGCUCGCCGGGCAGCGGCGGGAACUACCCAAUGUGUCAGGUCGAUGAUUGUAAGGCUGAUCUCUCGGGCGCCAAGGAUUACCAUCGCCGGCAUAAGGUGUGCGAGCCUCAUAGCAAGACAAGCAAAGCUCUUGUUGCGAAGCAGAUGCAGAGGUUCUGCCAGCAGUGCAGCAGAUUUCAUCCCCUAUCUGAGUUUGAUGAGGGCAAGAGGAGCUGCAGGCGAAGGCUUGCGGGCCAUAAUCGUAGGAGGAGGAAGACCCAACCAGAGGAUGCAUCUUCACGUUUGUUGCUUCCUGGAAGCCAAGAGAAUGGGACUAAACCUGGUGUGGAUCUUGUCAAUCUGCUGUCCAUUUUGACACGGUUGCAAGGUACCAAUGCCGCUAAGCUUGCUAAUGUUUCUCCGCUGCCUGAUAAGAAUCAGCUUGUCCAAAUUAUUUCAAAAUUAAAUGCAUUGCCUCAUCCAAACUCUGCGGCAAAAUUGCCUGUACCAGAAAGGUUUGAUCUGAAUGUUGCACAAGCUUCACCACAGGUUCCUUCUGAGCCGCCUCCAAGAAUUGAGGGGAACCCAUCUGCUUCAUCAACGAUGGAUUUGCUUGCAGUUCUCUCUGCAGCACUAGCAGGUUCUGCCCCUCAUGCCCUUGCCUCUCUAUCUCAAGGGAGCAAUGAUAAUAAGGCUAAGAUAAGAUGUGCAGAUUCCUCAUCUGAUGUUGUCUCUCAGAACAAUUUGUUGCAAAUGUUACCUCCUGCUGGGCAGGGGAUGAGCAGCUCUGCUGCUAAAUCCACUUUGGAGGUAUGUAAACCUCCAGCUCAAGAAGCACGGUCAAACUUGACAUUCCAACUAUUCAACUCUGUUGAGGAUGACAGCCCCCCGAAAUUUGCAUCUUCAAGAAAAUAUUUGUCUUCUGAGAGCAGUAAUCCAAUGGAAGAGAGAUCUCCGUCAUCGUCUCCUCCGGUAGCGCAGAAGCUUUUUCCCUUGCAUCCAGCAGCAGAAGGUAUGAAAAACAAGAGGAUGGUAGGUUCAAGAGAUGACAGCAUGGCACUGGAAGCAAGCACAAGUUAUGGGUGCACAGCACCUCUAGAACUUUUUAAAGACCCCGAAAGGAGAGUUGAAAAUGGUGCAGUUCAUAGCCAUCUAUAUCACCCGAGUUGUACUUCCUCUUCUGGUUCGGACCAUUCACCUUCUAGUUCAAACUCUGAUGCUCAGGAUCGGACUGAUCGAAUUAUUUUCAAGCUCUUUGACAAGGAUCCUGGUGCUCUACCUGGGACCCUACGUGGUGAGAUAUUGAAUUGGCUCUCUAGUAGCCCUUCAGAAAUGGAGAGCUAUAUUCGACCUGGUUGUGUCGUCCUAUCAGUAUAUGUAUCAAUGCCAUCUGUUGCAUGGGACGAGCUCGAAGAUGACCUUCAUCAUAGAGUCAAUUCCCUCAUUCAAUGCUCGGGUAAUGAGUUUUGGAGAAAAGGGAGAUUUUUGGUUCGCACUAGCAGGCAACUUGUGUCGCAUAAGGAUGGUAAAAUCCAUUUGUCUAAAUCUUGGAAAGCAUGGAGUGCUCCUGAGCUCAUCUCUGUAUCCCCUGUUGCUAUUGUGGGUGGACAGGAAGCUUCCCUUGUGCUGAGAGGUCGAAAUUUGACAGUUCCCGGUACCAAAAUACAUUGCACAUAUAUGGGUGGUUACACAUCAAAAGAAGUGCUGGGUUCAGCUUAUCCUGGCACCAUUUAUGAUGAUUCCAGCUCUGAGAGCUUCAGUUUUCCUGGAGGGUCUCCCAAUACCUUCGGGCGCUGUUUCAUUGAGGUUGAGAAUGGUUUCAAAGGAAAUAGCUUUCCUAUAAUCAUCGCAGAUGCUACCAUAUGUCAAGAGUUGCGAGGUUUAGAAUCUGAGAUUGAGGAUCAGAUAGGAAUGACAGACCUGAUUCUGGAAGACCCUCUUCAGGAUCACGGGAGGCCAAGGUCCCGGGACGAUGUCUUGCACUUCCUAAAUGAACUUGGCUGGUUGUUUCAAAGAACAAACAGGCUCUCUAUAUCUCCGUUUGAGAAUUUCUCCAGCACACGGUUCAAGUUCCUCUUAACAUUUUCUGUAGAUCGAGAUUUGUGUGCUCUCAUGAGAAAGAUUCUAGAUAUACUCGCAGAAAGAAGCUUGAAAAGCCAGAGUCUAGUUCAAGAAUCACUCAACAUGUUAUCAGAGGUUCAGCUCUUGAGCAGAGCAGUUAAGAGGAAAUGCUGGAGAAUGAUCAAUUUGCUACUACAUUACUCUGUCACAGGCGGGAUUGAUGCUUCAAAGUUAUACCCUUUCCUUCCGAACAUGUCUGGUCCAGGCGGAUUGACUCCAUUACAUCUUGCUGCAUGUACACAGGACUCGGAUGAAAUCGUUGAUGCACUGACCAAUGAUCCACAACAGAUUGGUUUGAACUGCUGGAAUUCAAUUCAAGAUGAUAAUGGCCAAACUCCAUUUUCCUAUGCAUCAAUGAGAAGCUACCAUUCAUACAACACAUUGGUGACCAGGAAGCUUGAGGACUGGAAAAAUGGCCAAGUAUCAAUAACUGUUCAAACUGAAGAUACCACUGGAGAGACCAAACAAUGCAAUGCCAGACCUCUCUAUGCAAGAUCUUGUGCUCAAUGUGCCUCAAUCGACGUGGGUCGGAUAAGACCAACGGUCCGAUCACGAGGUCUGCUUCAGCGUCCUUACGUGCACUCCAUGCUUGCAAUCGCCGCAGUUUGUGUUUGUGUCUGCUUGUUCUUCCGAGGUUCACCUGAUCUCGGCUGCGUUGCUCCGUUUAAGUGGGAAAAUUUGGAUUACGGACCGAGAUAACCUCGUCGUCAAACUCCCAACUACAACUAAUGAAGCAAAUGAUUCAUCUCAGGAGCAAUGUCUGCCUGGUUUUGUGAUUAAUUGAAAUGGAGGUUCACACUUCUCUCUGUUUCACUAAUGUUUGCCUGUUCUUCAUAUUUGUUAUGUUUUAUGGUUUACAUGUAAUCUUGUUUUGUUUUCUUGAUUGACAUUUUGUUGUUUGAUUCACUUUGUCAGACUCUUCCACAUAAUGAGAGAAACAGAGAGAAACAGAGAAAGAGGAAGUAUAGGAACUUGUUAAGCA